AUGGACGUUCGCAAAGAUCUCGAUGAGUACACGCAGAUCAUGCAACAGCAAAAGCGUGUCCUACAAGAUGCUAAGAAGAAGCAGGGUCAGUAUCCCCGCGAUCGCAAGGGCAGGGACAUCAUGUUGUUCGAGUUCACGAUGGCGUCAGUGGCCAAUACACAACGCGCUGGAAGCGAAGACACCCAAACGAUACAUUCGUCGUUUGUUCCACCAGCAUAUCCACCUUGUACCACAUCUCUCGGCGAUUUGAAACCUAUCGCGAUUGAAGGUCUCAGGCUCGAGACGCAUCAUCGUGGCUGCUAUCUCAUAUUACGAGCCAUCACCCCUCCGAACCGUAUGACUGCGAUUCUUGUUCUGGUUGAAGACGAACACGGGGACGUCACGCUAUUGCAACUGUACCAACAGGAAGAUGAGGCCAGCCGUCCAGCAUCUACUGUUGUUGACAAAGGUUCAGUCCUUCUGAUUAAGGAGCCUUUCUUCAAAAUUACGGCGUCUGGAGACUACAGUUUACGAGUGGAUCAUCUUUCUGAUAUCAUUUUCCUUGGUAACAACGAUUCCAGGAUACCACAAUCAUGGCGACAAGGACUGUUCAAGUCGGGAAGAUCCGCGGACUCUCUGAAGCUUGAAGGGAAUGGAUUUAUAGGGAAAGGAGAGUAUUGGAGGGCUAUCGACAAGUACUCGGACGCUUUAGCGCAUCCCGCAACACCUGACGAGAUUCAAGUGAUCAAACGAAAUAGAUCUUUAGCAUAUCUAAAGACCAGGCAAUAUGAUGCCGCGUUGUCUGAUACUGGCUUCCCAGACUUUGGCGUGGAAGCCUCGGAGAAAGCAUUGUUUCGAGCAGCGGAAGCUCUAUACCACCUCACUCGCUACGAAGAAUGUUGCAGCGUGCUCGAGAAACUCUGCAGACUCUUUCCGAACAACAAAGAAGCAGUCGCUGCACAUACCCGUGCACGCAAUCGAGUCCGUGAGAGCAGCACCGGAGAGUUUGACUUCAGGCUUCUCCAAGCUGAAGCAAGGAAGCGUAUUCCCCCACAUCUGGACCACGGCACUUAUAUUGGACCAGUAACGGUUAAGAAAGCCAAAGGAAAAGGUCGCGGCUUAUUCACAACCGCAUCUAUGAAAGCAGGGGAUCUAGUACUGUGUGAAAAAGCUUUUUGUCAUGCUCACGUCGACGAACCGGGGAAAGGCAAUGCAAAGGUGACUCUUUUGAUGAAUGUGGAGACAGAAAGAGCUUUUAUGGGCGGUCAAGCACAUCUCAUUCAGUUGAUCACGCAGAAGCUGUACAAAAGCCCUUCUAUGGCUGCGGCUUUCACUGAAUUGCAUCAUGGCGAUUACAAGGCGGUCGACAAGAUGUUUGUUGAUGAACAACCGGUAGUAGACACCUUUCUCGUCGAACGAACAAUGGCCCUCAAUGUCUUUGGCUGCCCUGUUACAUCCCUGAAAAGUCACAGCGAUGUCAUGUCUAGCAAGCUCUCGAAAAGAGAUUCCGUAUUUGAUUCGUGUGGCAUCUGGAUCAAAGCCUCAUAUAUCAAUCAUAGUUGCCUCGGCAAUGUGCGUCGCUCUUUCAUUGGAGAUAUGAUGAUAGUGCGCGCAUGCAAGAACCUGGAGGCUGGUGUAGAGCUAGCCUUUCCCUAUGAAGCUCCAAGGGGUGAUUAUGUUCCCCAGGUUGAGCAAAAGUUCAAGAACUGGGGAUUCAUUUGCAGGUGCGCGCUUUGCGAGGAUAUUAAAACCACCAAACCGUCGGAAGUGGCAAAGAGAAGGAGCUUGCUGGAUCAGCUGGACCGUCUCUGCAAAGCUGGCUUAACAGCGCACAAUGUUCCGACCAAACUGGAACGCUUAAUCAUGGCGCUGGACGAGACAUACAAGCGUCCGGCGGAGGAGGUUCCUCGACUUUUGCUGUUGGAUCCACAGCUAUUGCUGACGCGGGUCUACAUGGAAAAGCUUAAUCCCACGAAGGUGUUAGAGUCGGUUGCAAAAACUCUCCAUACUCAAGGCUUCAUCGUCACUGGGCUUGAUCAAACUCGUUCAGCUUUGGUUAUUCACAAAUGGGGUCAUAUCAUGGACCAUAUGUUAGAGAUCUUUCUACAUGGGCAGUCAGCCUUCGAGCAAUUGAGGAUAUGGGAGAAGUCAAAACAGGCCGAGCAAUAUGCAAGAGUUGCAUAUCGGAUAUUGGUUGGGGAAGAAGCAUCCUUCAAUCGGACAUGUAACACAGAGUUGUAA